CGGCUCCUCUUUAUCUAACGCCCUCUGUCAUCAGAGCAGCUGCUGAACAGACGCGAACACCUCCGCGGUCACACUGAAUAUGCCAGGACUUCUGCUCGGAGAUGUAUUUCCGGAUUUCGAGGCAGAGACCACCGCUGGCAGAAUUAAACUACAUGAAUUUCUCGGUGAUUCAUGGGGAAUCUUGUUCUCCCACCCCAGAGACUACACCCCUGUGUGCACCACAGAGCUGGGACGAGUUGCCAGACUGAGCAGCGAGUUCAGCAAGCGCAGCGUCAAAACGAUCGCCCUGUCCAUCGACUGCCUGGAGGAUCACCAUGGAUGGACCAAGGACAUCCUGGUGUACAACUGUGAGGAGUCUGGCUGCUGCUCGCUGCCCUUUCCCAUCAUAGCGGACAGUAAACGGGAGCUGGCAGUUGCCCUGGGCAUGCUGGACCCAGAUGAGAAGGACAAAGAUGGCAUGCCGCUCACUGCCCGCUGUGUGUUUAUCAUCGGCCCAGAUAAAAGGCUGAAACUGUCACUGCUCUACCCCGCCACCACAGGACGCAAUUUUGAUGAGAUCUUGCGGGUGGUGGAUUCGCUCCAGCUCACAGCAUCGAAAAGGGUGGCCACACCCGUAGACUGGAAGCCUGGAGAUUGUGUGAUGGUUCCUCCGAGCAUGUCCGAGGAGGAGGCUGCCUCUCUGUUUCCAGCCGGCGUCUACACCAAAGACCUGCCCUCUGGCAAGAAGUACCUGCGCUACACACCCCAACCAUAAGCACACACACACACACUGACCCCUGUCACCUUAAUCUAGCAGGUCUCAAUGCUCCCCUGGACUUCAUGGCCUUAACUACUGCUGGUUUCUUCCCUAACAGGUGGAUAAACACAGUCAGCAGGAAACCCAGCUGUGAAUCAGUCCCUGAUAAAGUAGCUGGAAUAAAAACUAGUGAUUUAAGAAAUGUGUAGGGUUUAACAAAUGUAGACAUUAUAUAGCAGGCGAUGCUUCAGGCAUGAAAGCUGGAAUUUUGGGCC